AUGGAAGCACAAAAUCAGCAGCAGCAGCUUUUACUGCAGCAGUAUUUACAGUACCAAAGCCUACAACAGCAGCAGGCGGCUCAACUUCCGCAGCUGCCGGAAGACGCGAUGCUUAGGAUGAAUUUGUUGAUGAUGGCUCAGCUUCAAGCGCAACAAGAGCUGCUCAACAAGCAAAUGAUGUUCUCCAGAGUCGACCAGGGCUACUACACUUCCAGUGCCAGUUCGGGCUCGUCCCCAGUGCGCGACUUGGAGAGCCCCCCUCCCGCGCCAAAGAAAAGCCGGAAGCGGCAGAAAUCCAAGGAUGAAUCGAAGAGCGCUAGAAAGCAGCAGAAAAGCUCCAGUCAGGAGAAACAAACCUUCCUUGGCUUGUACGAAGUAUACGGCGUCAUCGGCGUCGGAGGAGGCGGAAUGGUCUACUCCGGCCGAAGAAUCACGGACGGCCUGCCCGUCGCCAUCAAACGCGUCAUGCGCGAGAAGGUUAAACGAUGGGAAACCGUCGACGGCCACAAAGUCCCCCAAGAAAUCGCCCUCAUGCUCCGAGUUUACGGUCACCCGGGUGUAAUCCGCCUCGAAGACUGGUACGAAUGCAUGGAUUCCUUCAUCCUCGUGAUGGAACGUCCCGAAUCCGCCGUCGACCUCUUCGACUACAUCCGCGAAUCAGGGCGAAUGGGCGAAAGCGAGGCUCAGGACGUCUUCAAGCAGAUCGUCGUCGCAGUCGCUCAUAUUCAUUCCCGCGGCGUCGUCCACCGUGAUAUCAAGGAUGAGAACAUCAUUCUUGAGCGCGAAACUGGCGAAAUCAAGCUCAUCGAUUUUGGCUGUGGAACGAUGCUCAAAGAAAGCGCUUACCGAGACUUCUCCGGGACGCCCGAAUUCUACCCGCCGGAGUGGUUCACUUCCAAAUACUAUCACGCUCGAACUGCAGCUGUGUGGUCUCUCGGAAUCCUCCUAUACGACAUGCUCCUUGGCGAGAUUCCCUUCAAAUCGAAAGAAAAGAUCAUCGAAAACCAGCUGCAUUUCAAGCACUCGAUCUCCGAUUCCGCGCUGGACCUAAUCCGCUGUUUGCUCCAGUCAGACCCCGAACAACGUCCUCCUCUCGAGCAGAUUCUGCUCCACCCCUGGUUCCAAUAA